AUGGUCACUGACGAGACGAUUCCUCAUGCAUCUCAGACAGCGCAGACUCGUCCACUUGAGGUUUCAUUUGGUACUCCAUUCCAUCUGGCAGAUCAUUAUGAGACCAUUCCACCACCUACUGUCACAGUGUCGCCUCCCAUGGUUCCUACUAUUGAGGAUACUCGAUUAGCCGAGCAGGAGGCCAAGGUUGAGAGGCUUGAGUCGAAAGUGAGACAGAUCAGAUUGCAGGACAGAGGUUUGACUUGGGAUGACAGAGAUGGCAUACCGGCAGCUAGCUUGCCCGCCAAGUUUCGCAUGCCAGACAUUGAGCGUUAUAGUGAGAUUGGUUGUCCCAAGAUCCACUUGAGACUAUACAGCACAGUUAUGAGAGCACAUGGGAUAGAUGAUGUACAGUUGGUGGCCCUCUUCCCGAUGUCACUUAGUGGAGCAGCUCAGAGAUGGUUUGCUUCGGUUGAGCCUUCGAGACUUCGCACCUGGGAGGAUGUGGCUCAUGAGUUCUUGACUCAGUUCGCUUUCAGUGCCGAUAUUGAUGUAUCCAAACGAGAGUUGGAGGCCACUAGACAGAGGCCAGAGGAGUCUAUUUCUUCAUUUGUCACUCGUUAG